AUGGCUAAUGUUUAUUAUUUCGGUACUGCAUAUCAUAUAAACAUUGAUCUAUCAUAUCUGCUGCAUGUGCUACAGAUCGCAAUUGAGGGUUGCUGUCAUGGAGAGCUGGAUAACAUUUAUGCUACAUUAAGGCACAUGGAAUCGACGAAAGGAAUAAAGAUUGAUUUAUUAAUCUGCUGUGGAGAUUUUCAGGCGGUUCGAAAUCAGGCGGAUUUGCAUAGCAUGGCGGUUCCGACUAAAUAUCGAAAAAUGCAGUCGUUUCAUAAGUAUUAUUCUGGUGAAAAAGUUGCCCCCAUUUUGACGGUAUUCAUUGGUGGUAAUCAUGAAUCUUCAUCGUAUCUUUGGGAGCUACCUUACGGAGGCUGGGUGUGCCCAAAUGUCUACUACUUGGGAUAUGCUGGGAUGGUCUCUUACAAGGGUUUACGGAUCGGAGGAAUUUCAGGGAUUUAUAAAAAGCAUCAUUAUCAUUUAGAGCAUUUCGAAAUUCCACCGCUUCACAACGAGAGCUGCCGAAGCAUAUAUCAUACUCGAAAAAUCGAUGUUGAUAAACUUAAAAAGAUAAAAAAGCCUAUAGAUAUCUUUUUUUCGCAUGAUUGGCCACUUGGUAUUUACAACUAUGGGGAUAAGAGAGAUCUAAUCAGACGCAAACCCUUCUUCAAGGAUGAGAUCGACAGAAAUGCUCUAGGAAGCCCUUGCGGUUUCGAACUGCUUCGCCAAUUACAACCUUCCUAUUGGUUUGCAGGACACUUACAUGUAAAAUUUGCAGCUAUUGUUCCUCAUGAAAAUCGAGAAAAGCAACCAAAAUAUACUAAAUUUCUGGCGUUAGAUAAAUGUUUACCCAAUCGAGAUUUCUUACAAAUCCUUGAAUUUGCUGAAAAGGAUCCUGAAAUAAUGAAUUUAUCCUAUGACCUAGAAUGGCUAAAGAUUCUAAAUUCUACACAUCCAGUUGGGUGCGUCGAUAAUUUAUGUGCAUUAAAUGUAAUUGUGGUACUAUAG